GCGGCUGACCGAGCGGCGUGCACCAGUCAAGCACCCUCAAGUUUCCGCUCGGCUUCCCGAGCCGCUCCGCAAAGUUGGGCAGCUCCAAGCGCACGCUGAGCCUCUCGACUUCUCCCUCCCCAGGUCCCCGGCGCCCCCGCGCCGGUGCACCGGAGCAGCGGGUCCCAUCGGGCUGGCGGCUUGCACCCCUUUCCGGUCGUCCUUCCUCCCCGAAGCGCGACCAUGCUGCUAAGGGGCGUCUUCCUGGCAAUGCAAGCCCUGCAGCUUGCGGGCGCCCUGGACCUGCCCGCCGGGUCCUGCGCCUUUGAAGAAAACACCUGUGGCUUUGACUCGGUGUUCGCGUUCCUGCCCUGGAUUUUAAACGAGGAAGGCCACUACAUUUAUGUGGACACCUCCUUUGCCAAGCAGGGGGAAAAAGCCGUGCUGCUGAGUUCUGACCUACAGGCUGAGGAAUGGAGCUGUCUCCGACUGGUCUACCAGAUAACCACGUCUCCAGGGUCUUCAUCAGACACCAGCCGGCUGAACCUCUAUGUGAGAUUUGAAGAUGAAAGUUUUGAUCGCUUGCUUUGGUCAGCUAAGGAACCUUCAGACAGCUGGCUCAUAGCCAGCUUGGAUUUACAAAACAGUUCCAAGAAAUUCAAGAUUUUAAUAGAAGGUGUGCUUGGACAGGGAAACACGGCCAGCAUCGCACUCUUUGAAAUCAAGAUGACAACCAGCUACUGUAUUGAAUGUGACUUUGAAGAAAAUCAUCUCUGUGGCUUUGUGAAUCACUGGAACCCCAACGUGAACUGGUUUGUUGGAGGAGGAAACAUUCGAAACUCCCCUUCCGUUCUCCUGCAGGAUCACACCUUCAAGAGUGAACUGGGCCACUACAUGUACGUGGACUCGGUGUAUGUCAAGCACUUCCAGGAGGUGGCGCAGCUCAUCUCCCCGAAGACCACGGCCCCCAUGUCCGGCUGCCUGUCGUUUUAUUACCAACUCCAGCAGGGGAAUGACAAUAGCUUCUCCCUCUAUACUCGGGAUGGGGCCGGCCUUUACGAGGAAAUCUGGAAAGUGGGCCAGCCAGGGAGUGCUGCCUGGAAUCUGGCUGAGGUGGAGUUCAGCGCGCCGUACCCCAUGGAGGUUAUUUUUGAAGUUGCUUUCAAUGGUCCUAAAGGAGGAUAUGUUGCUCUGGAUGACAUUUCUUUCUCUCCUGUUCACUGCCAGAAUGAGACAGAGCUUCCCUUCAGUGCCGUGGAAGCCAGUUGCAAUUUUGAGGAAGAUCUCUGCAACUUUUAUCAAGAUAAAGAAGGUCCAGGCUGGAGCCGGGUGAAAGUAAAACCAAACAUGUAUCGGGCCGGAGACCACACAUCAGGCAUCGGGUACUACUUGCUGGCCAACACAAAGUUUACAUCGCAGCCUGGCUACAUCGGAAGGCUCUACGGUCCCUCCCUGCCAGGAAACUUGCAGUAUUGUCUACGUUUUUAUUAUGCCAUCUAUGGGUUUUUAAAAAUGAGUGACACCCUGGCAGUUUAUAUCUUUGAAGAGAACCACAUAGUUCAAGAGAAAAUUUGGUCUGUGCUGGAGUCUCCAAGGGGUGUUUGGAUGCAAGCCGAAAUCACCUUCAAGAAACCCAUGCCUUCCAAGGUGGUUUUCAUGAGCCUAUGCAAAAGUUUUUGGGACUGUGGCCUGGUAGCCUUGGAUGACAUUACAAUAGAAUUGGGAAGCUGCUUGUCUCCAGAGAGGCUUCUACCCGCACCUGGAGAGUGUACUUUCGAACAAGAUGAGUGUGCAUUUACCCAGGAGAGAAGAGACCGGAGAAGCUGGUACAGGAGGAGGGGAGAGACGCCCACCUCCUACACAGGACCUAAGGGAGAUCACACUACUGGGGUAGGCUACUACAUGUACAUCGAGGCCUCCCACAUGGUGUAUGGACAAAAAGCACAGCUCUUGUCCUGGCCUCUGAGAGGAGUCACCGGAAAACAGUGCUUGACCUUUUUCUACCACAUGUAUGGAGCAGGGACCGGCCUGCUGAGUGUUUAUCUGAAGAGGGAAGGUGAGAGUGAAGAGUCCCUCUUAUGGAGAAGACGAGGUGAACAGAGCAUCUCCUGGCUUCGAGGGCUGAUUGAAUACAGUUGUGAGAGGCAACACCAGGUAAUUUUUGAAGCCAUUCGGGGACUGUCUGUGAGAAGUGAUAUUGCCAUUGAUGAUGUUAAAUUCCAAGCCGGACCCUGCACAGAAAUGGAAGAUUUAACUCAGCAAUCAUCAGGAUAUUCUGAGGAUUUAAACGAAAUUGAGUUUUAAGAAAUGAUCUGAAUUGGAUCAACUAAACAAGAGCCAUACCUCUCUUCCAUCGAAAUGAAAGCAAAACGAAUGAAUACUGGACAGUCUUAUAACCAUUUCAUAAGUUAUAAAAUGACUUCACAGCACAGCACUCUUUUUCAUUACUUUUGCAAAAAAUACUGACUCAGGGCUUUUUGUUUUGUUUUGUUUCGUUUUGUUUCCUUUCUGCGUAUGACAACUGUUAUGAAAGCAGGCUGUUGAUUUUGCAAAGAUCACUCAUCUUAAUUUUGGUUCCAGUUAAAAAUGCAAAUGUACUGUAUUGCAGUCAUUUUAAAGUAUGCAAAUGAAGGGCACAAGCAAAAUGAGAUGUGCUCAUUUAACUGUGCAUUCAGUGAAUGUAUUGGGAGGAGACUAAGUCUUGCAGGUUUCUUUUUGAAUUUCAAGCAUCAUUAAUUAUUUUUAAAGUAAUAAUGUGAGGUGUCACUGGUAUCUGCAGAAUGAAUGCAGUGUUUUCAUGGUAACAAGUCAGGCUAAGAAAAUAAAAUCUUAUUC